AUGGACUCAAAGUUGUAUCUGGCUGAGAAUGUUCUCAAUGAGCGGCGCCCUGUCACAUAUCGCCUAUUGAGCCGCGCGCUCAAAGUGCACGCCAAUCGCGCCAAACAGAUCCUUUUUGAAUUCCACCGUAAUGAGAACGCGAAGAAGCCACAGACCGUCCACGCUACCUACGUCAUCUCCGGUAUCCAGAAAGCGCCCGAGCCGGUCCCUACGAACGGCCAUGCAGACGAUGAAGAUGAGAUGAUGCAGAGUAGCCCAUACUUGCCAAGCUCAAUGCCGAAUCAGGAUACAACCUCGGACUCAAUUCGCACUGCCUCGAUCGUGUUAGCACGCGAGGAAGACCUGGAAGAUGCGAAAUCAACAUUUCAGUCGAUAUCUACAAUCCAUGUCUACAGUCUCCAGCCUACGGCUCUACCGGAUUUGAAUGUGUUGGUUGAUGCCAACCGGGAGAUCUUGAGUACACACGGGCAGGAGGAUCCAUUGGAGUGUGGGAAGCAAUGGGGUAUGAUCCAAAAUCGGAACGUCAAGCGGAGGACUGGCGCGCGCCCACCGCCGCCUGCAGCUCCAGCCGUGAAGGCGCCGGGUGCCAAGGCAUUGAAGCCUUCGACAGAGUCGACGGUGCCCGCUAAGCGGCCGCUGCAAAAGGAAGAAUCCCCAGCGAAGACGGAAGCUAUCAAAUCCGAUGAACCGAAGUCUGAGCCAUCCUCUGCUGCCAACUCCCAGACAUCCUCAAAGCCUUCAGCUAAAGCUGCACCAGCAAAGCAAAAAGGCAAUCUUUUCAGCUCUUUUGCCAAGGCGAAGCCAAAGACCAAGGCAUCAACUCCCGCAGAACCGGCCGCACCGAGUGCAGAAGAUGUCGUGCUUGACGAUGCCUCUGAAGAAGAGGCGGAAGAAUUGUUCCCUGAUAGUACCGAUAAAGUAGCAGCAGCAACCCGUGAAAACAGGAAAGAGCGUGAGGAUAAGCUCAAGAAGAUGAUGGAUGAUGACGAUGACGAUGAUGAGGCUGACGACGAAGAUAUGCCCGAUGCCGAUGACGAGCCACGUGAGCCCACGCCCGUUGAGCAACCGCCACCAUCAAAGCCGGCGGAACUUAAAGAAGUGACCGUACAGGGCGGCCGGCGGCGGGGCAAGCGGCAGGUCAUGAAGAAGAAGACGGUCAAGGACGAAGAAGGAUACUUAGUUACCCGGGAAGAAGCAACUUGGGAGUCUUUCUCCGAGGAUGAGCCGGUGCCUAAGAAGAAGCCCGCAGUCAAUGUUCCCAAGGCCAAGGCUGGCAAAGCUGCGGGACAGGGUAAUAUCAUGUCUUUCUUCGGGAAGAAGUGA